AUGAUAUCAGCUGAAGCUCAUCUUGUGUUCGGAGUCCACGCACAAGUUGAUGGUCGUCAUGAGGCGAGCCUUUCUACGACCAACAAAAUCGGUACAACGAAUCGAGGAAUCGGGCCCACGUACUCGUCGAAAUGUUUCCGUAAUGGCAUACGAGUUGCGGACCUUUUGGGUGACUUCGAAGCCUUUUCCGAGAGCUAUCGUCGACUUGUGGAUCAUUAUCGAAAACAGUUCCCAACGAUCGAUGUUGAUACAGAAGCAGAACUGGCUCGAUUUAAGGAACAUCGUGAAAAGCUGAUCUCAUUGAAUUUGGUUGGCGACACUGUUGGACUCAUCCACAGCAUGCGGAACAAGGGUGGCUCGAUCCUGAUUGAAGGGGCCAACGGUGCCCUUUUGGAUAUCGAUUUCGGAACCUACCCAUAUGUGACGUCAUCGAACGCUACUGUUGGUGGAGCUUGCACUGGUCUUGGAAUUCCCCCCACUGCCAUUUCCCAGGUCUUUGGAGUUGUGAAAGCAUAUCAAACACGAGUAGGUACUGGUCCUUUCCCCACAGAGCUAAAAGACGAAACCGGAGAUCUUCUGCAGUCUAUUGGAAAAGAAGUAGGAGUCACCACUGGGAGAAGAAGGAGGUGUGGAUGGCUUGAUUUGUUCUUGUUACGACGUAGCGCUCAGAUCAACGGCUACACAGCAAUUGCUUUGACCAAGUUGGACAUUUUGGACACCUUCAAAGAGAUAAAAGUCGCCGUCGGGUAUCGUCUCAAUGGCGAAUCUCUCAGUGCGCCUCCUGCCCAGGCAGCCGCAUGGGAUCGCGUUGAAGUUGAGUACAAAGUCUUCCCUGGAUGGGAAUCACCAACCGUCGGCAUUCGAACUUGGGAAGAAUUGCCUGAGAAGUGCCGCGAUUAUGUGCUGUUUAUUGAGAGCUUCAUUGAGGUUCCCAUUAGAUGGAUAGGAGUUGGUCCGGAUCGUGAAUCCUUGAUAGUUCGUGAAUAG